ACAACCAGCUGACAUCCGGCAUCUUCCCGUCCAUUAGCCACCGAUACCCACAGUCAACGAUAUCCGUGUACACUCGAUAUUUUCCCCACGAAAAGGGCUCCCUGCUGAUUCGUCAACUCAACUGAAUGCAAAAUUUCAUCAUAUUCAUCCGAUGCAGGGCUCUGGCCCCGUCUCCAGCAGCUGAAGCACACCAGUCCUGUCCUCUCUGCUCCACGUCCACGGCCGUCCUCAUCCCUGAGCCAUGACCACCCAGAGGGAUCUUGAUAUGCAACAGGGGCUCACUUCAGUGUAAGCCCUCAGUGGAUGAAGUCGCCCAGUCAAAGGGUGGAGAUCUGGUGUGGAUAAAUCUAAUUAGACUGGAAUGCCCGUCUCUUCACAGCCUUCUGAAGGUCACCUCAUGUCUGAAGAGGUGCACCUCCGCCUCAUCCUGGUCAGUGGGAAAACGCAAGACUUCACUUUCUCCCCAAAUGACUCGGCCACAGACAUCGCCAAACAUGUAUUUGAGAACUGGCCUGCAGGAUGGGAGGAGGAGAGGGUGAGCAGCCCCAGUAUACUGCGCCUCAUUUUCCAGGGACGCUUCCUUCAUGGCAAUGUUACCCUGGGAGCUCUAAAGCUGCCACCGGGCCGAACGACCGUCAUGCACUUGGUUGCCAGAGAGACUCUUCCAGAGCCCAACUCUCAUGGUCAACGGAACAGAGAAAAAACCACAGAGAGUAACUGCUGUCUCCUCUUGUAAAGCAACAGAAACGGCCCCCUCCCCUCAACCAUGACCUCACACGUAACACACACAUAACACACAAAUAUAAACAUACAUACACUCUGCUCUCUCCUGCCCGUCGUCCUAUCAGCUGUGGAUUUGGAUUAAAUCACAGGAAGUCUGGUUGGAGGCUGUUACCUGCUUUGGUUGAACUCUUGUCCAAUCUGAGGCUUUUUUUGUGCCAAUAUAUUCAGUUUUUGCCCCCAAACUUUUAUUUUAUCGACAGAAUUUGCUGUUGUUACUCCUUUUUAUUUGAAGAUCAUGACAUUAAACAAUCCCUUCGCUGCUGGACAAGUUUUAAAGAGCUGUCGUACGUAGUGAAAAAGACCCAGGAACUCGUCGCUCUUCAUGGACACAGAAGUGCUAUAAAGGAUGCGUGGGCUUUAACCCUUCCCUCCUAGUCACAUGGAUGUUUCCCCAGGUCUUACUCAAUGGUGUUAACCCUCUCAUUGCACUUAACCAGUUUGUUCAUUCAGAAGUGUUUAUUGUGUCAUCCUGACUUCCCUCAUGACAUUUUUCUUUGAACAGACCUUAAUUCCCCACGUGGUAGAAAACGUGCCAUCCUCCUCAUAGACUGUUUCUGCCUCUUAUUAACUGAACCGUUUGGUCUGUAUCAGCACCAGUGGCGUUAAUGCCAUUACCUACACCCUGUUUGUUCUUGGCAAAGGACCAAUGGAGAAAAGACUUUUUGAUAGGAGGAUCUGCAUAAACACCUGAGGGACGCACAGGUCCACGAGCAACAGGAACAGACUCCCAUCAAGGCAUGCAAAGAUGGAGGCAGAGGAUUGGCUUGUGUGCCACCGGGUGUCAUGUUCACACUUGUGGUGGUGACUUUAUUGACUAGACUGUCAACGUUCCCUCGUAAUGGGAGCCAACAUGGCGGGCCAGUUAAACGCAGACAGAAGGAGAUGGUUGAAGAUGGGAGGGGAGGCGUGUGGUCGGUGUGAGACCCUCCUCUACUGGACACAGAAAACAAGACGGGGAGAGUUAUCUCCCACUGGGAUAAAGAGUAAAAAGGAAAAUUUCGGUGGUGUUUCACCUCCUUUUCAUUUGGAUGCUGUCUUUACUUCUUGUUUGCCUUUUAUUGUGGAAUUCAGUAAUAUCAUUAAUAUUGAAAUUUAAAUAUAUCAAUUUUUAUCUUGUGUAUAGGUAUUUGUUGAAUUUUAGUGUGGGUGAGUUUGUGUGUGAGUGUGUCUGAGGGUGUGUGAUGCACGUGGCAUACUGUGUGAAGACUAGUGAGGGCAUGUGGUCUUAAAAAACAAGGUGGUGCACUGGGAGUGUUGAUGGGCUGCGGUUUCUUCAGAAACAGUCGGAAACCUUUUGAUUCCUUCCAUUGAGUGUCCUUUGGUUUGUGUUUUUGUCAAUCAAUGUCACUGCUAUGAAGUUUAGCUCAGUAUGAAUAAAUGUAAAAACUAAAAUGCAAUGUGGUCUACAUAAAAGCUUGUAUUAUAAAUUAAUAAAUCUUUAAAUAAGGCAACAUCUUUUGAUUCAUUUUUACUAUUUCUCAAAAGGCAACAAAAGACAGAAGUUGCAGAGUUGCAACUAAAGAUUAUUUUAAUUAUAGAUUCAUUUAUUUUUUCCAGGUUUAAGGUAACACUUUCGAAUGUCUUGCUCUGUCUGACCAGCAGUCAAAGACCCAAAGAUAUUUAAUUUUCUAUCACUAAAGACUAGAGAGUAUUCAAAUUUUAAGAAGCUGAAACCAGAGAAUUUUUGUAUUUUUUACUUAAAAAUUGGCUCAAAUGUUAAAUUCAUGAUCAAAGUGGUUGCAGGUAAACUGGUGGUUGCAGGUAAAUGUAAUUACAUGCAUGUAAAUUGUAAUGAAAUAAUUGAAAUAAAUCAGUGGUCUA